UUCAAGUUUUGAGAGCUCGGGAAAUCACUUUAAUGAAAUGUCAAAAGCAAAUAAUAGUCAUCUUAGAAGUCGAGAAAAAAUAGAUAAAUUAUUCACGAAAUUAUUGUGUAAUCUUAUAAUUAACAAUCUUAUUUAUAGCUAUUUAAAAAUACCAUAAAACCCAAUAAAAUUUUCGUGCAAGCUGGGCAUAUUUCAAGUAGAUAGAAUGACCACCAACAAUAACAGAAUAAUACGUCAGAAGAAUGGUGAGAUAGUUAUGGAGGCACUGAAGCGCAUCAGUGGGCCCGCGACCUUCACAGACGUGGUCACACAUAUUGCCAAUAAGCAAAAUGUGAAUGCUUCUGUGAUCAAGGAGCCCGUAAAGAAUGUCCUCUGCCGGGGGGUGGAGUACGGCUUCAUAAAGAAACUUGGAGGAAGAUAUACUACAGAUGGUAUUCGUUGCGGUGAUCCUACCGAUGCAGAGGAUUCCGACUCGGUAUGUGAAGCUUGCCAGUACUAUACACGUCGACGGCGUGGUCCUUAUUACCAACGGCGUUAUCGGUGCCUCACUAGGAGAUACUAUCCGCAGAAGAACAGAUAUCGACGUCACCGUGAUGUAUGAAAAAUGCGUCAAUCGUAAUGUUUAAAUCCAUUUGUAAGUUAAGAUAUAAACAGAAAAUAUUAACGGAAUCAUGUAGAUAGCUAACAAAGAAAUCCAUUGAAUUUUAA